CAAAAAAAAAAAACGUAUCAACUUAUAAACCACAUGUGGUUUAUAAGUUGGACUUCCUAACGCGCCACUGACUUUGAAAUAUUUGCUUUUGCUAAUUUUCAGUGUGAAAUAUGUUCGCAUUAGAAUCACUAUCUGCUGACAAUGAUUUGUACAAACGCACCGUGUCGCGAAUGCGAACCACAAUUCAGGACCAUGAUAAUGGCAUUCCAUUGAAAGACUACAAAAUUACCAAUGUUUAUAAAAUUGUGAAUCCAUCUGUGUUUGGAAGAUUUAAUCUGAUGUUAGGAGAAAUUGAAAGAGAUUUAAAUGGGUCUAGUGAAAUAAUUGAGGCCUUUCACGGUUCACCAGAUGCAACGAAAAUUGCAAGGGAGGGUUUCGACGUCAGCUUUUCCAAGGGCUCCAUUAUGUUCGGAAAGGGGAUUUAUGUCGCUCCUCAGUCUUCCAAGGCCAACCAGUACUGCUUUGGAAGAAGUCGAGGAUGUCCCACGCACAGGGACAUAGCGUGCAAAGUCUGUACUCGGCAGAUGCUCAUCUGCCUCUGCGUCAUGGGCCGAAAGUACAAACCAUCGCAGCCGACCCAAAAUAUUCCAACAGGUUUCCACAGCGUCGCCGCGGACCCAAAUGAAAACACCGAACUGGCAAGGCACCUCCGCUAUCCAGAGUAUUGCAUUCUCAAUGGUGACCAGAUAUUACCCGUUGUGUUGGUCAAGUUCACAAUCACAGACGUUGGUGAGGGUUCUGGCUCCAGCUUAAGUUCAGCGAUCCAAAGUAUGAAUGUGACUCGAGAAGAUAUAAAAACAAUGUGGAAGAUCAGCGAACUUUUUGCAAUGAUUGCAGGUAAACUUAGUGCCAACAAUUCUUGUACUAUUUCAUAAUUUCGUAUACAAUUAUUUUUUUAAUGUCAUAAAAAGUUUUCCAAAUAUUAGUUUCUACUCAAUUAUUCAAUUUUUUAUAAAAAAAAAACCACUUUAUUCAUUUAAAAUGAAUGUAAUUGAUUUAAAUUUUUAAUAUUGUGGAGUAAAAAUUCCGAUUGGUCUUCAAACAGUGUACUUUUUAUUAUACCAUUAUGAUUUAAUUGAUAACGUUUUCGACAACAUAACACUUUUGUAAAUGACAAUAUCUCGAAGUGGCGCAAUUCAAAAUAAUCAAAUCACUUUUUACAUGAGAGAAAGAGAGUGUUUGGAAUUGACUGUCCAUCCACUUAACUUUUGCACGCCGCUGCAGAUGGAUAAAUUAUUUGCCUCUCCACUUGUGCUCAGAGGUGCUUUUUCGCCACCGAGUGGUGCAAUCCGCCGUUCACCAGUCCAUUUUUCUUGGCGCAGCCGUUUUGCACCGCGGCCUUCUUCUUGCCCUGGUUCAAGUGCUAAAAUUAGUUGAAAAAUGACACGGAUUAAAAUAAAGAUGAGAGCCGCACAAGAGGAAGGAUUCUGCCUCUUCUCUUCUGGGCUCAUAAAACACCAGAAAAUUAAAAAAAAGCAUUAAUUGAUUUUAAUUCGAGUCUCUUGUCUCUCAAAUUCCCCUAAGCGUGGAGGUUUUUAUAUUUAAUAUAAAAUAAUAAAUUAAUAUUAAAUUUAUCAAUACAGCAAUAGAAGCUAUUAAAUAUUAAAUUCAUAAAAUAACAAAAAUUGGACGGUAUUGAAAAGAAAAUUGAGUAAACACAGAUUAAAAAUCACCCUGUCAAUGUAAGCCUGGACGUAGAAGUUGCCAAAGAGGACGAUGAAAG